UCCACAGAAAGGAGGCCAUGAAAGCCAUGACCGAAACCUUCUAUGCAGCCAUUUUUGGAUACGAUGAGGGAAUCCUGUCUGAUGACUGCGUGCUGGCUGCAGCUCUUUGGAGGAACCUGUUCAACCGACAGUGUGAAGACCCCAAACAGCUGGAGCUCAUGGUGGAAUAUGUUCACAAACAGAUGCAGUUCAUCGAUGCUCUGGAUGGGGAGGACCUGCUGCUCACAGGCGAGGUGAAGUGGCGCCCUCUGGUGGAGGAGAACGCUCAAAGCAUCCUGAAGGUGGUCACACCCACGUACAACGACACGGGGCUGUGAGACGACGUCCACAUCCUCUUCUUCUCUUCAUGUCAUGUUUUUCUUCUUCUUUGUAACAUUUCGGCUCCUCAUUGUAAACGAUUUGAGGUCUGUUGCUGUAGCUUCUCUUUUCUGCUCCUGUUCUUCUCCUUCUCCCCCACAUGAGUGUGUGUGUGGAGGUUCACUAUAAGCAGCUUAGGCAGUCAGAUUAUGAAUCGGGCCUCCAUCUUCAUCCUCCAUCGUCAUCCUGUCAGGUUUGAGAGCCUCUGCAGAAACUCAGACUGUAUUUAUAUUUAUAUUUUUGCCACGAAUGCCGCUCUGUAUUUGUAAAAAUGUUGAAUACCUCCAUGUUUACACUCUCCCCUGCAGACCAGAGACUUGUCACUGCUCUUUCACUGUGUUUAAAUAAAGUUUCACCUGGAUGGCU